GGGGAGGGGAGUCCGGGGUCCCGGCACAGACUCUUCCUUCUUCCCUGUGGGGCGGGGACACGAUAAUGAAACUUUAUUACAGAUAAUAUCGGAGCAGCAGAGCCGGAGGUUCCGGAGAGCAGAGAGGAGAAUGUGGGGCUGGUGCCUGUGCCAAAUCUAAUGGUGGCUGCAUCUGCAGAUGCUAGAACAGCGGACAGGACAGGAUAGCGCUUUCAGGCGCUCAGAUUUGCGACUCUCUUUGGAGUUUUGUCGCAUUAGCGUAUAAAAAUGGCUGAAGAGCAGGAUGAUCUGGUCCCUGAGUGCACUGUAAGUGGGGGACAGUGUUCCGAAGAAGCCCUUGGAGAUACUGUGGACGCAAAACCGGACCGAAGCCAACGGUUUUCGCUAUUCUCAAAGAAAAAGAAAAAUGAACCAGAGAAGACAGAGAAGCAGAACUUCCGCAUCGUUACCCCAGAGUUCCAGUACACAAUGAGUUAUGGGAAAGUCGGCAGAUGCGUUAUCAUUAACAACAAAAACUUUGCUGAACAAACAGGAAUGUGCACACGGAAUGGAACAGAUAAAGAUGCCGGUGACUUAUUUCGAUGUUUCAAAAGUCUGGGAUUUGACGUAACUGUAUACAAUGACAAGAACUGUGAACAGAUGGAAACAUUACUGCAAAAUGUGGCUCAGCAGAACCACAGCGACAGCGCCUGCUUUGCCUGUAUCCUCCUGAGUCACGGAGAAGAAGGGCAGAUCUACGGCACGGACGGGGCCAUGGCAAUAAAAUCUCUAACAACACUUUUCCGAGGGGAUAAAUGUAAAAGUCUGGUUGGGAAACCCAAACUGUUCUUUAUCCAGGCUUGUCGCGGCUCAGAGUUUGACGAAGGGAUUCAAACAGACUCCGGGCCUGCCAACGACUCUAUGGAGACUGACGCCAAUCCCAGAUACAAGAUUCCGGUGGAGGCUGAUUUCCUGUUUGCAUAUUCCACUGUACCAGGUUACUAUUCCUGGAGGAACCCAGGCCGGGGCUCUUGGUUUGUCCAGGCCCUGUGCAGUGUCCUCACCGAAUACGGAAAGCAGCUGGAGAUCAUGCAGAUCCUGACUCGGGUCAACCACAUGGUGGCCACCAACUUCGAGUCCUGGUCCGAUGACCCACGCUUCAGUGAGAAGAAGCAGAUACCUUGCGUAGUCUCCAUGUUGACCAAGGAACUGUACUUCUAGUCGUCUUACAUUCUGGACUCUCCGUGGUCGCAGAUCUUCAGGGAGGAUGAUUGGGGUAGAGAGAGAGGUUUAAAUGUCUAGUUACAGAGAUCCAGGUUAUGUGAUGUUACAAAACCCAUCAGUCACGACGUUUAGAGCUGUUCUUAUGCGUACGUGAAAGAGACAAUGUCUUUUGAAUGCAAUAUGAGUGAUGCGGACAUUCUGCAACGUCCACAGACAUUAAAGGGAAAUUUCUAAAGAGUAUUUCUUCUGCCGGCUAGCGGAACACUAGAGGGUCAUGUCCUGUUUGGAGAGUAGAGAUAUUUCGAGCACGCCAGCUUGGAGACUGCACCAAGUUCCUCAGAUGUUGCCACCACUGACCGCUUUGUGAGUGCUCCUGGAUGGCUGGAGAAUUGACAUUUCUGUGGGUGGAAUAUCAGGGUCAAAAAAAUUUGGACCCCCUGCUUAAGGCUUGUCUGGGGAAAGCAUUUUGGAGAGUAGUAAUUGGGAAGACGAGGCUUUUUUAAACACAUGAAGUGGAAAGAUGUUCAUGAGCCACAAAGCAAACUGGUGUUAAAUGUGUGCAACCCGGAUCUGGCUCAGUGCUCACAGUCAACGAGAACUUGGUACCAGAAUUAGAAGAUGUUGGCCAUACGGUUUUAUCAGCAGUCUUACAUACUGUAUACACUUUUACAAAUCCACACAAUGUACAGUUGUAUCACUAGACCCACCGCUGUGUCUUCCUGCUUUCACGGUAACGUCUUCAGAAACCUGAACAAAUCAGAGCUCACGUUUUGUCUUCAUCACGGCCGAAACUUGAGUCCAAACGGGAGAGGGAGGAGGAGACCCUAACAGUCUGCUGAGCAGAAAAAUAACAAAGCUUUUGUGAAUUAUAUAUAUAUAUAUAUAUAUAUUGUUUUGAAUUGCCUGAUAUAUAUUUUUAUAUAUAUAUUUUCAUGAUAUUUUACCUUUAGUGAACAUAUUGACCUAAAAUUCUGAUUUAAUGAUCAUGGACAUAGCUCCUCCCAUACCCAGCACUGUCAAAUCCCAGGACACUAUAUAGCAGGCAUCAGGGGACGGAGCAGUCACAAUGCUGGGCUAUCACGAAAAUCUCCCUCCCCCUCAACCAGCUAAACACAGCCAUGGAUUAGACCUAGUAAGGGUUAAUGCAAUGAAACCGGAUCAAACAGCACUCUUCAACCAGCUCUUGUGGUAAUAAAAGCAGAUGAUUAACCAACCUAGGUUUUUCCUCUAGUAGGAUGGUCCCAACGCUAACCGCUGAGAGUACCGCCAUUGGAUUAUUAUUUUGUUUUGGUAGGCAGCUCCGUAGAAGAGGUCACCUAACAACCAAUACAACAAACAGCAUGAAUACAAAGCACAACACUGACUGGAUCACAUAUACCAUUUUUUUAUAUUUCUGUGUUUUUAAACUCUGAGCAAUACUAAUCAAAAGUUGGCCAAAAUGUUGUAGAUUAUGGGCUAGAUUUAUCAAGCCUUGAAUAGUGAGAAAUUGCACGGUGAUAAAGUAUCAACCAAUCAGCUCCUACCUGUCAGUUUUCAAACACAGCCUGUAACAUGGCCGUUAUUAGCUGAUUGGCUGGUACAGUAUCACCGUGCAAUUUAUCACUCUCCAAGGCUUGAUAAAUCUGGGCCUUAGCCUGUUAUAGUGGUCUGGAAUAAUGAAACCAGAAGAUACAUUAGUUUUGCAUCCAGUAAAUAUAUUAGAAAGUCGACCUCCCAGGAGGGAGAGGCAAACGUGAUGAUGAGAUUUGCACCAGGAUGCCCCACCCACUGCUGCUGAAUAACACGAUUUGCAUCAUUUUGCAGCAAGGGGCGGGGCCAUGGUAAUGCAGUUUCGUCAUCAGGCCUCGACCACUUCAGAAGAAAGACAAGUGGUCAGGGGAGAGGGGACGUUUGCUCUACUGGGAGUACUCCCCAAAAUCCGUGAGCGCCCAGUCAUUCCGGGAGAAUAGGCGAGUAUGGUUUAGAAAAUCAGAGCACUGGUAUGACUGGGUGCAGCAAUUUUUGGUAAACGACCCUCCUCAUAUAUACAUAUUCUGCAUUGGUCUUUCUAUAUGAAACACGAAUACUUACUCAGUUGAUAUUGCAUGUUUUUAGACAAUAUACACUUAUAUUUUGUCCAUUAUGGGAAAAAUAAUAUAAUAAUAAGCCUCAUUUAUACCCCUCCAGAGGCUUGUACAGUUGUUUUUCAAAGAACAGUUUUUAUUCUUAUACUGCCCUCUGCUGGUUGGAGCGGAUUCUCCCAUAUUCUGCCACUGCCGCAGGGUGUCCAAUAGCGUCCAGGAUUUCACGCAGAAACCUUGAGAUCAACUUCUGUUUACAACAACUUCUUGUAUCAUCUAAGCAAACAGUUGUGUUCCUUUAAUGUGAAAAUAUUCAGAUGCCUAUAACAUUAAACGAACGUCUUUAUGUAAUUUUU